AUGUAUAAAGUCGACCCUAUUGUAACUUACAAAGAGGAGGAUUUUGUUCAUACUGAGAGGAUGUAUAAAUUGGAACCAAUAUUCCCUAGAAAAGUGGUUGUCUCUUCAGCUAAACACGAAAACAGUCUGGAUAAAUUUAUACCUAAAAAUUCCGCAGCACAAUCGAGACUUGGCCAAGCACUAGAGGCCAUGAAGAGUGGCAAAAUUGACGAGGCUACAAUUCACCCACAGCCAGAACAGCAAGUACACUUUGAAUCUGCUUCUCAAGUCGAAUCCGCUAAUGAAAUGCUUCUGGAUAAAUAUAUAGUCAGAAAAACGGCUCCUGUUUCUAAACUUGGCAAGCAUUUACACAAUGCGUCCAAAAAAGAGGACGUCGACUCAACUCUUUUACACAGACUUCAUGAACUUGAACGGAUGAUUGAUGCCUAUCUUGCUCCGAUGCCUUUCGACAAAUCGACCAUCACGAUUCCGAGCACGAAGUCUCUUGCCUCAGCCGCUGAGAAACCGCCCAAGCCAGCACAUAUUGAUAAUAAAUCGCAAAAUCAAGCAAUAUUCACACCAGCGACCACACUGUCACCUCAGAGUGGUCCAGAUUUCGUUGAUCUAGCUGUUCAUUGUGAUCCUAGCUGCCCUCCAUUCGCACUCCUUGCCUACAGCCAAAUGUUAUUGUUUUCUGGUCGAGGCGUAUCAGUUCAAUUCUAUCGCCAUUCUACUCUUACCUCUAUUCCAGAGUAUCUAAUUCCUCUGGAACACUUUUUCACGGGAAAACCACGAUCAUCAACCUCAGACUUCAUUAUUUCCAUUAUUUGGCGUCCUUGCUCAUUUGGUUGUAUGGCAAUAGGAAAUCCAUUUAAAGAUCUUCCUCUUUAUGGAGAAUCGAUUAUUCUGAUGUUUCUUGCUCGCCUCUCACCCGAUUUUGAUAAAACUUUUAGAAAUUUAUCUUUAGUAGAAUCGGCUCUUUCUUGCAAUGAUAGUAAGGCUUUGGUGGACUGUGUCAACAAGAUUGCAAAGAAGGGUGAAGAACGUUUGUCUAUUGAUGAGAUCUAUCUUUUCCUUUCUUCUGCAAAGUCAAGACUUUCUUCUGUAAUACAGAAAUCCUCUAAAUCCUGGUUUGAUCGAUGCAUGCUAAAUGACAGUCUCGCUUCCACUUUGAAAGUGAUUGAUCUCUGUCAUUAA